UCUUCAGCGUGCAGGCGGUGAGGCUGCUGCCCCAAGAAAGCAAGGGUUCCUGUAAGGAGGAAAAGAGGCUCUGAGGUCUCACCUGCCACAAUGACGGACAGAAGCCCUUUUGAGACAGACAUGCUCACCCUGACCCGCUACGUUAUGGAAAAAGGGCGACAGGCCAAAGGGACCGGGGAGCUCACACAGCUGCUCAACUCGAUGUUGACUGCCAUCAAAGCCAUCUCCUCGGCUGUGCGCAAGGCGGGCCUGGCUAACCUGUAUGGAAUUGCAGGAAGUGUGAAUGUGACAGGAGACGAGGUGAAGAAACUGGACGUGCUAUCCAAUUCCCUGGUCAUCAACAUGCUUCAGUCCUCCUACAGCACCUGUGUCCUAGUCUCGGAAGAGAAUAAAGAGGCAGUUAUCACAGCCAAGGAGAAGAGGGGGAAAUAUGUGGUUUGCUUUGAUCCACUGGAUGGAUCUUCAAACAUUGACUGCCUGGCCUCCAUUGGAACUAUAUUUGCAAUCUACAGAAAGACCACAGAGGAUGAGCCUUCUGAGAAAGAUGCCCUGCAGCCUGGCCGCAAUAUUGUGGCUGCAGGUUAUGCACUUUAUGGCAGUGCGACCCUGGUGGCUCUUUCCACGGGGCAAGGAGUAGAUCUCUUCAUGCUGGACCCGGCUCUUGGGGAAUUUGUGCUGGUAGAAAAAGAUAUCAGAAUUAAGAAGAAAGGGAAAAUUUUUAGCCUCAAUGAGGGCUAUGCCAAGUAUUUUGAUGCUGCCACCACUGAGUAUGUACAGAAGAAGAAAUUCCCUGAGGAUGGCAGUGCACCUUAUGGGGCCCGGUAUGUAGGCUCCAUGGUGGCUGAUGUGCAUCGUACCCUGGUCUAUGGAGGAAUCUUUAUGUACCCAGCCAACCAGAAAAGUCCUAAUGGCAAGCUCCGGCUCCUGUAUGAAUGCAAUCCUGUGGCCUAUAUUAUUGAGCAGGCAGGAGGCAUGGCAACCACAGGCACCCAGCCUGUACUGGAUGUGAAGCCUGAGAGUAUCCACCAGCGAGUUCCCCUUAUUUUGGGGUCCCCUGAAGAUGUACAAGAAUAUCUCACCUGUGUUCAGAGAAACCAGGCAGGCAGGUAGUGAGCCUGAACAAUGAGCCCCCUUCUCUUUGUCUUGUACUCUGUUGUAUGAAGGGUUAGACGAAUGAUCAAUGGAGAUGGCAGGAGAGGCAAACAAAUCAAAUUUGCCAGGUCCCUUUCAGAAUAUCAUCCUGCUGCUAAGGGCAGGUUUAGAGGCCAGAGGUAAAGAUAUGGUCAAAGGGCUAAAAUAAA